CCGAACUUCAAACUGAACCGAACCAAAAUCAAUCAGCAACAUAAAUGAUUUUAGUUCGAUACAAAUUCUCUCAACCCGAAUAAACCAAAACCGAAAACUGAAUCGUAAACUGAAUUGCCCACCCAUAGUUAGGGCUGGACUCGGUUCGGGCCGGGCCCGGUUGGGCCUUGAACCGGCCGGGCCUCGGUUCACCAAAAGGAGGGCCCGGGCCCGAACCGGCAGGUGACCGGUUCCGGGCCGAUUCACCCGCCCCAUUUUUUUUUUUUGAUUUUUUGGCUUCUCUUAUUUAACCCCCUACCCCUCCCCCUCAACCCCAAACCACCCCAAACCACCUCAAAUGCCCAAAAUACCUAAUCCAACCCAAAAAUUAAAAAAAAAAUCAAAAAAAAAAUUAAAAAAAAAAUUAUUCCGGCCCGGACCGGGCCCGAACCGGCCGGGCCGGUUCACCAAAUAGAGGGCCCGGAACCGGUAUCCACCGGGCCGGUUCGACCCGAACCGCUGGUGGACCGGGCCACCGGGCCGGGCCGGUUCACACAGUAACCGGGCCGGGCCGGUUCCGGUUCGGGCCGCCCGGCCCGAGUCCAGCACUACCCAUAGUUAGAGGGGCUACCACAUUUCAAACAGGUGCCGGCCUAGCCCUUGGAUGUCCAAAACUCCGGAUACUUGCCCAACCCGUCAAGCUGUACCGGGUCUGCAUCCAGGGGCGGAUCCAGGAAUCCGAGACGCCCUGGGCUGAAUAGGAAUUAUACUAGGCUCAAAUAUCAGCGGGGUGGGCUAAUUGUAAAAAAUGAAAAAAUUUACACUAAAAAAAUUGAAAAAUUUCUAAGUUGCCCUGGGCUUCAGCCUACCAUAGCCUGUACAUAGAUCCUCCCCUGUCUGCAUCUUUCAUGGUUUCCUGCAUCCACGCAGUCUGAUUCCUCUCUGCGUGGUCUCGCCAUGGCCACGUUCACCCGCCCUUACACUUCUCCUGAUCCCCGGCGAUCCAAGAACAGCUCCCACUUGAGGAACCGCGCGAAAUGGUAAACCCCCCCAGACUCAAGUCUCUUCAUUCUCUGAUUCAUCGCCGCCUGACCAAUAAUAGUAACCUUCACUCGUUCUGCACGGGAUGUCGUUAUUUUUCUUCGAAACCCGUGAUUCAGCUUCAUAGCAAUCAAGAACACAGUAAAAACUCUCAAUCGCACUUGGUCUAUAAGGUCUGUGAAAUUUCAUCAAAUCGGCGGAAACGGAGCGCGGAGCGAACUCUUUGAGCCCUAAGCUAAGACCCCACCAUGUCGCAAGGGUCAUUGAAAUCCAUAACGACACUGACAUAACUGUGCAGUUCUUCUAUUGGGUUUCCAAGAGGCAUUUUUACAACCGAAGCAGAAAUAAUGUGCAAUAAAUUAGCUGAGAGUGGUAUGGUCCCCAGUGUCAUUACUUACACAACAUUGAUUGAUGGGCUGUGUAAGAACGGCGAUACUGUAAAUGCAUUUAAGAUAUUCAGAGAAAUGGAAAAUAGGAAUUGCCCGCCCAACUUGUUUACUUAUAGUUCGCUCAUCCACGGUUUAUGCCUCAAAGGGCAGGCAUACGAAGCAGAGAUUCUACUCAAAGAAAUGGAGAUGAAGGGAUUGGUUCCUGAUCAUGUAACUUAUACCUCUUUAAUUGAUGGAUAUGUAGCUUUGGGUGGGUUAGAUCAUGCGUUCUUACUUUUCUCCAAGAUGAUUCAUAGUGGGUGCCAACCAAAUUAUAGAACCUAUAAUGUGCUUUUGAAGGGUUUGCAGAAUGGAAAGGAUUGUUAUAGUUUU